CCAAGAGAUUCCCAUUUCUUGGUGUGGUGUAAGUAUCCCCAUUUGCCCCCACUUUAGUGGUUUAUAGUCUAUCCCUUCAACACUUUCAACCAAAUCAACAAACAAUUUCCUUUUUCUUUUGAACACAAAAGAAACUUUGACACUUUACUUCACAUUUUUUCAUUUUCUUCCCCCAAACAAACAAAACCAAUAUGUUUUCUAAACUCUUGCAAUAAUCAUAAUCUUCUUAUUCUUGAACUUCUAUUUCUUUGGUCUUUUACAUCUAAAACUAAUUUAUUUUCUUUCAACUCAAAUAAUGACGGACAGAGUCUACCCUUCAGCCAAGCCUAAUGGCACCGCGCCCACUGCUACCACUGCUGCAAAUCCAAAUGCUGCUCCGGUCAAGAACCAGAUGUACAACAACCCAAAUCGUGUCUCUUACCGACCGACACCAACAGCAUACCACCGACACAACCGUCGUCGUUGCAGCGGCCGGCGUUGUGUCUGUAUGUGUUGUUUUUGGUCCAUCCUCAUCAUUUGCAUCAUCUUCCUCCUUGCAGCUAUUGCUGGUGCUAUUUUCUACGUUCUUUACCAUCCUCAACUGCCUACAUUCUCAGUUUCUUCACUCAAGAUCUCUAAUUUCAAUCUCACUACUUCCUCCGACGACACAACCCAUCUCACUACAAAAUUGAACCUCACACUCUCAACCAAAAACCCAAACAAGAAAUUGAUAUACAACUAUAACACUAUCUCUAUUACUGCACUUUCAAAUCAAGUUGUUUUAGCAAAAGGGUCGUUUCCGGGAUUCACCAGCAGUACAAAUAACAUUACGAUUAUACACUCGACUUUGUCGAUGGUGUCGCAAGUACUCGAUGUUGAUUCAGUUUCAUCUCUAAAAUCAGAUCUGAAGAGAAAAGCUGGGUUGCCCGUGACAAUCUUGAUGGAUACUAUGGUAGAAGUGAAAAUGGACAAAUUGAAAAGCAAAAGGGUAGGGAUUAGAGUAACGUGUAAAGGAAUUCAUGGAUCGACACCAAAGGGUAAAGCACCAGCUGUGGCAUCAACAAAUAAUGCUAAGUGUAAGGUUGAUCUAAGAAUCAAGAUCUUGAAAUGGACUUUCUAAUUUCAUCUCAAUUUGGUUUGACUUUUUUUUUUUUUUUUUGGGUUUUAAGUAUAAUCAUAGUAAUUUCUUUUGGGGUUCAAAUUGACUCCUCUGUUUUUUUUUUUUCUUCUUUUGAGAUUUGUUUGUAAACUUAAGAAGAGACUAGGAAGAUUGCCAAAGUUAAGUUGAGUUUUUUUCCUAGAAUUGUGAAGAAAGUUGGGUUGGAAUUAUAAGUUCUUUU